GAAAUUGAUGGUAUUCGGUGACAUAAAAGCGGCGGCGAGCGGAGGGGGAGCCGCAGUGCCUGGGACGGUAGCAGCAACCAGCGGUGCUGGGCAGCUGCAACAACACGCCCUCCGUCUACAGCGCUGUCGCCGCUUGGUUUUUUUUCCUCCCUUGUGUGGACAGCUAUUCUGGCCGCAUUUCCCCCGGUGCAAGGAGCAGCAGCAGCAACAGCAGCAGCAGCAGCGAUGAAGAUGAAGGCCGAGAAGAGGUCCCCUUCCAGCGGCGGCGGCAGCAGCGUCGGAGGAGGAGGAGGAGUAGGAGGAGGCACUGCCGCCGGGUCCCAAGGUCCGGCUCCGUUUAUUCAAGCUUUGGCGGCGGCGAGUAGCCAAUAUCAGGCUUACGAGACGUACUUGGAAAAUGGCAUGAUCUGCCUCAAGCAUAAAAUCAGAAACAUAGAGAAGAGGAAGGCAAAACUGGAUGACUAUAAAGAACGCUUAAAACAGGGAGAACUUAAUCAAGACCAGUUGGAAGCUGUAGAGAAAUAUGAGGAAGUAAUACACAAUCUAGAAUUUGCCAAGGAUCUACAAAAAACAUUUUCUGCACUCAACCAAGAGCUGCUAAAAGCACAACGGAAAACUCUGCGACGUGAACAAAUUCUGAGGAUUGAAAUGGAGAAGAAACAUCUGUGUACCGCAUUGCAUAUUAAAUAUGUACUGGACAACUUCAACCAGGAACAUGUUCAAAAUGACUUCAGAGAAGGCCUUAAUGGCGCAUUUAUUAUUUCUCGAAAGGAAAUUGGGUACCUGAAGGAUUUCUGUACACUUAUCUGCCUUGAAAAGAAUGAUAAUGCAUCUGUUGAAGAUCAAGUGGAAUCGGUGUCAAAUCAGAUGUGGGACCUAUUGGAAGGAAUGGACAAGAUAGUGGUUGGAAGUACCUAUAAACAUUUGAAGGAGACAAUAAGCAAACUUCUGAAGUGUUCCUACUUUGAUAAUAUUCCAGUACCUCACAAUGGGUUGCAGGAAGAUGAUAAAAUCCAAGAGGUGCAAAUAACCUCCAAACCUCAGACGCCGUCUGCAAAAGAACCCGAAUCUGACUUGCACUUUUUGUGUUCGAGUGAACUGCAGCCAAGAGAGUUUUUGAAUAGGCAGUACGUGAACAAAACUGACUACUCUGCAAAACAGCAGCCCGAAAAGCCGAGGAACUGGGAAGGAGAGUUUGUUGGUAGGAAGAAAGAGGCAGUCCCCAAUAAAUGGGAUGGCGAUUACAUCAGUAGGAAACGUGAAGACGCCCCUCCUAAAAUGUGGGAUGAGGAAUACACUAAUAGAAAACAACAAGAAAAAGAACCUGUGAAGAAGUGGGAUGCAGAAUACAUCACCAGGAAGCGGGAGGAGCUGCCAAAGAAAUGGGAUAGCCAAUACUCUGAUAUUCCAGAGACAAGGUGGGAUCCAGGUUCAGUCUCAAAGGAGACCAAUGAACCAAAGAAAACUGUGCCUGCACCCAAAGUGGUGUCCAAAGUAGUGCAGCAGGUAGCUGUAGAGUUCUGCUCGACAUCCACCCUACCGAACGACCCAGAACUCAGAAGGCAGAAACUUCAAGACCUGAUGUCCCAAAUGCAAGGCACAUGUCACUUCAUUCAGGAUUCAUUAUUGGAGUCUGAUGCCCCCUCACAAAGUGCUAUUGGAAAACAGAAGCGUUCCCAGUUAUCACUUAACACUGCAGCUCUAAAAGAACCAAAACAAAAGACAGAAAUUGUUCCAUCACCAUCCAAGCCUGCAACAGAAAUAAGUGUCCUUGCCAAUACGGGAGGUAGUUCUGGUUCUGAUGACCAGUCUUCAUUAUCUGAUUUUGCAUCUCCCCAGGUUUCAAGUGCACAGAAUUCAGAAAAUGAAGUGUUCACUACUCCACCCCAAGUAUACCAAACCAGUACACCCAUUACUGAAUCUUUAACACACUUGUCACUGGAAUCAAAUCAGAUGACCUCUUUGACCAAUGACCAGACUGCCUCAAGCACAGCAAUAACACCAGCAUCCCAAGGACCGGUGCUUCAGACACCAGUGAGCACUUCUCCAAUUAGUACAAAGACUACACCUUUUCAGUCUAUGCACACUGUGUUCAAAGUUAAUGCACCCCUGCCUCCUCGUGUUGAGCAGCAGGAAGUGAAAUCUGAACACUCGUAUUCUCCUGUCUACAACCAAAGUUUGAUAACUGCUAGCACUCAGACACCACCUCAGUCUACCUGUCUGCAGUCUUCACAUCUAGUGGAGCAAAAUGCACUGACACAAGAUUCUUUAACAGAAACGACAUCUGUUGCCAACGGAACUGCGUUUUUUUUAACCCAUAAUCCGCAAAGCACUUUACCAAGACCAAAUCAAGCCUACUUUGGAAGUAGAAAUGCUGGACGGGGAACCGCACGUGGUGGAAGAGGAAUUGCUAAUGUUUACCGUGGCACUAACAAUGGAUACAAAGGUGUACAAAUAGGAUAUGAUGGAUACAGAGGAAUUCCCAUUCCUGCCAAUGGAACUUAUGGACCUUUCCCAAGUAGAGAAUAUGCAGGGAUGCCAUACACACCAAGGGAAUCUGGUUACCAGCAGAACUACAAACGUAGUGUAGGAGUUGGCCCUCGUGGGACGAUGAGAGGAGGUUUCUCAACCCAAACAGGUCUUAAUUACGUGACAGCUGGUUGGAGCGAUUCAUCUCAGCUGAGCAGUCCAGAGCGAGACAAUGAGCAUUUCCACAGUAUGGAUUCUGGCCAAGGAGACUCUCGAAGCCUUACUCCAGUGGAUAUGCCAGUGACCAGCCAAGCUACCACCCUCUUGCCAGUGCACAUUUAUCCUCUUCCUCAGCAGAUGAGAGUGGCCUUCUCUACAGCAAGGACCUCUAACUUUGCCCCUGGAUCACUGGACCAGCCCAUUAUCUUUGAUCUACUGCUCAAUAACCUCGGAGAAACGUUUGACUUUCAGUUGGGGCGAUUUACUUGUCCUGUGAAUGGCACUUAUGUCUUCAUCUUUCACAUGUUGAAGUUGGCUGUGAAUGUGCCUCUCUAUGUAAAUUUGAUGAAGAAUGACGAAGUCCUAUGCUCUGCUUAUGCCAAUGAUGGUGCCCCCGAUCAUGAGACUGCCAGCAACCAUGCUGUUCUGCAGCUUAUCCAUGGAGAUCAAAUCUGGCUGCGAUUGCAUAGAGGUGCCAUCUAUGGAAGCAGCUGGAAAUAUUCUACCUUCUCUGGAUACCUCUUGUAUCAGGACUGAAAUGUGCUCCAAUAGCUAAAAUGCUUUGCACUCUGAUCACUGUAACUUAAGGUCACAAUUUGAAGUGAGUUGCCAGGGAUGACUUGUUAAAAUGUCACGGUGGUUUUCUGGGGUUUUGGUUUGCACUAACUGGGCACUUUAACCUGUGAUGCCUUGCUAGUAGAGCUGCAAAUAUAUUUUGUUACAGAACGCGUCUUGCACUUGUUGGUCAAUGACAACUUAUGUGAUGUCAAAAUGAUAAAUUUACUUUGCAAGAGAUCCUGCUAUUUACAAUGCCUCAUGGUGCCUCAAUAAAGAUAUAUUCUGCACUGUU